GUUCGCCCCCGCGUCCUCCCGACCCGCCGGGCCAGUUCCGACGCCCGCUGCCUCCGCCAGACAUGACACAAGACUACGACAAUAAAAGACCCGUGUUGGUUCUUCAGAAUGACUCUCUCUACUCCCAGAGACGUCCUUACACCAGUGAAGAUGAGGCCUGGAAAUCCUUUCUUGAAAACCCCCUUACAGCAGCCACCAAAGCUAUGAUGAGCAUCAAUGGCGAUGAGGACAGCGCAGCCGCCCUCGGACUGCUGUAUGAUUACUACAAGGUUCCAAGGGAGAGGAGAUCUUCAACAGCUAAACCAGAGGUAGAACAUCCUGACCAAGAUCAUAGCAAAAGGAACAGCAUCCCAAACGUGACAGAGCAGUCACUGAUUUCCACUGGAGAAAACAGAGUCCAAGUUCUGAAAAACGUACCUUUCAAUAUUGUCCUUCCUCAUACGCCCCAGAUGGGCAUGGACAAGAGAGGCCACCUCACAACCCCUGACACGACGGUCACUGUCUCGAUCGCGACGAUGCCCACCCAUUCCAUCAAAACGGAGACGCAGCCCCACGGCUUCGCAGUGGGCAUCCCUCCGAGCGUCUACCACCCCGAGCCCCCCGAGCGGGUGGUGGUGUUCGACAGGAACCUCACUCCUGACCAGUUCAAUUCCAACACCCAGCCACAGAACUCCCAGAGGCGAACGCCGGACUCUACCUUUUCAGAGACCUUCAAGGAAGGCGUGCAAGAGGUUUUCUUUCCUGCUGAAUUGAAUCUACGGAUGGCCAACAUGAACUCAGAAGAUUAUGUUUUUGACAGUAUUUCUGGGAAUAACUUUGAAUAUACUCUGGAAGCCUCCAAGUCCCUCCGACAGAAGCCUGGGGACAGCACGAUGACUUACCUAAAUAAGGGUCAGUUUUAUCCAAUCACACUCAAAGAAGUCAGCAGCAGUGAAGGAAUCCAUCACCCCAUCAGUAAAGUCCGUAGUGUCAUUAUGGUAGUGUUUGCUGAAGACAAAACAAGAGAAGAUCAGCUCCGGCACUGGAAAUACUGGCACUCAAGACAACACACAGCCAAACAAAGAUGCAUUGACAUAGCUGACUACAAGGAGAGCUUCAACACCAUCAGUAACAUUGAAGAGAUCGCAUACAAUGCCAUCUCCUUCACCUGGGACAUCAACGAGGAAGCAAAGGUUUUCAUCUCUGUGAACUGCCUCAGCACAGAUUUUUCCUCUCAGAAAGGAGUUAAAGGCCUGCCCCUGAAUCUUCAGAUCGACACCUACAGCUACAACAACAGGAGUAACAAACCUGUGCACCGUGCCUACUGCCAGAUUAAAGUCUUCUGUGAUAAGGGAGCAGAAAGGAAGAUCAGGGAUGAAGAAAGAAAGCAAAGCAAAAGAAAAGGCAAGUGCACUGACCCCAGCUCUCAGUUGAAUGCCUUUUCUGAUGUCAAAGUGCCAAUGCUUCCCUCGCAUAAGCGGACGGACAUCACUAUCUUCAAGCCCUUCAUGGAUUUAGACACUCAGCCAGUCCUCUUCAUUCCUGAUGUUCACUUUGCAAAUCUGCAGCGUGGUGCUCACGUCCUUCCUGUUGCUUCUGAAGAGCUAGAAGGUGAAAGUUCCAACCUGAAGAGAGGAGGUUACAUUGGUGAAGAGGACUUCAUUGCUACUCCAAACAAAAUGGCCAGAAUAGAAGAACCAAAAAGAGUGUUGCUUUAUGUCCGAAAAGAGUCAGAGGAAGUCUUUGAUGCACUGAUGUUAAAGACACCAUCUCUGAAAGGCCUAAUGGAAGCUAUAUCUGACAAGUACGAUGUUCCUUUUGAUAAAAUAGGAAAAAUCUUCAAAAAAUGUAAAAAAGGAAUUCUGGUCAACAUGGAUGAUAACAUUGUGAAACACUAUUCUAAUGAAGAUACCUUCCAGCUGCAGAUUGAAGAAGUUGGAGGAUCUUACAAGCUGACUCUCACUGAGAUCUAAGAUCACGGAUCCUCUGUGGAUUUUAAGCACAGAUCUCGAGUGAUCAUUUUCCCAUAAUGUAGUGUGUUGGGUAAAACACCAAUCACCUUCUCCAGGAGCAAGUCAGGUGUUGACUUGUUCUGGGGAUCAGAGAGGUGUUUUUGCUUGAUACCUUUGUCUGUUCUUUCUAGAGAACAUUGUAAUGCUCAUGACCUUAUUUGCACUUGAAACCAGUGAGCAAAGAACAGCAAUUAAAUAGAGCAUGUAUAAAAGACUAGUAGGUAAGGGAGGGGAAACCCUUGGAAGGUGGCCUUUUAGAGUGGUGAUGUCUUAUUUAUCUAUUCGGUACCCACAAUUGAGCCUGUUAUCAGCUAAUAGCGUUUUACUGGACUGUUUUCUGUUAGGUAGAGCUGCAAAACUACUGACUGAAACUGGUAGGAAUUGCGUGCAGGUUGGAGAAAAGUCAUCAUAAUGUUUACUCUUUAUCAGGGCAGGUUGUUGAAAUCACUUGUGUCCUGGGGGGGAAUGUAAUACUGCCUUGCUUAUGAAGAACUCGCCUUAGUAACUGUGUGAACUCUCAUCAGAUGAAGCUAUAUUGUAUAUAAGUGCAAUAUAUUUUUGAAGGUUUGUAAAUGUGUACAUACAAGUGAUAUAUAAUAUAUAUAAAAUAUGGUGUUUGUGUAUAUACCAUGAAUAUAUGCAAAGAAGCCCAUCUAAAAGGAUGCCAUAUACAGAGAAAACAGAUAUUUAACGUAGCUAUUUAAAAAAAGGACAAAGCCUUAACAUGCACCAAAGGUGAGCACACAUUGGUACGUUCGUAGAGUGCGCAGAGACCUUGUUCAGCAUGCAUUCUCCUGUGUGGAGGGAAGGGUAGCAGCUCUCCUCAACCUCUCUGGACAGCAAGGCACUGGCAGCUCUGUCUCCUGACUGUCCUGGCUCUGAGCAGGGUGGUCUGUGCUGAGGCCGAGAGGCUGUGCCCAAGAAACGCUGAGCACAUUCAGGUUCCUUGAGGGGUCAGGAAGUCUCCUGGAGGGUGGAUUUCUGUCUGGCAGUAUGCUUAGGGUUCCCCCAGCCCUCUGCCAAGCCCUGUGGCAGUGGCUCGGUCUGGGGAAGUCCAGUGCUUGGCAAGGUGUUGGGUGGUGGAGCAGGGAACCGGGGCCGUGGACCAAUGAGGGCAGCUGGUAGCAGCAGUCAGUCUGGUCCCAGCUGCCAGAAACCUCCAAAAAACCUCCAAAACCAGCCACUGCAGUAAGCUCUAUAGUGCUUACUCAUUGUGCCUUUGUGCUUAGGAAGGGAAAGUGCCCUCUGGUUAGCAGCAAGGGAGAGGUACACAGUAGGAGCUACAGCCACCUGCACUGCAGGCUGGGAUGUGAGCGGGUAGGAAGUUCUGGGACCGGUGCUGAUGGCAGUGGUCUGCGUUAAUGGGAGGUUUGCAGCACAAAGUUGGGGGGGUUGGACGUGCGUUGCCCUGGGUUGACCCGGGUAGGCUGGAGAAGUAGGCUGGCAAAGUAGGACGUGAUUCUGCUGAAUGGUUUGUGUGUGUCCUGAGCCAUCAGUGAGUGGUAACCCAGUGUUGUCUGGCUGCAUCAUGCUGCUGUUUGGAAAAGGGACGUAGAUGCCACACUGAGUUUCACAAACAGAAGCACAUGCUGCAGAAUGCCUGAGCCUCACCUGGUGUCCCACUGGGCUCUGAGGGAGCUUCAGCCACAGCACGGUGCCCUGCUCAGGGCUGGCCCUUGCCACUGUUGUGCUGCCAGGAGCCCAGGGCUGAGGGAGCAGAGUCUCCAAACGUGUUGAUGUGUGCUCCCACUCCUUGUGCUGGGCUUACGUUGCAGAAAUUCAGGUUGCAGAUGGAGAAGGUUGCCCAGGGAGGGCUGUGGCCUUUGGCAUCAGAGCUCUCCAGAGCCAGGCUGGAUAACGUACCCUGGUGGCUGUGGGUACAGUUAAUCCUGUCCUGGUGCUGGGGUGAGGUUUCCAACCUGAAAUCCCUCCCCGCCAUAUAUUUUAUUGUUUUAUGACUUAGGUGGACUGUGGUAUUUUGGGAUUUAUGCUCAGGCCGACCCCGGGCAGGCUCUCAGAGCGUCCCAUUCCCCCUCCUUUCCUCUCAGCACCACGUGCCCACCUGCUAACAUCCUGCUUGGGCCCGGAGUGAGCUGGCAUGGCCCUGCCCUCCAUUGGGCUUCCCUUGCGAGUUAGGGGCACUGCUGCAAGGGGCUUUUUUAAACCUGAUAUAUAGAAUCCCUAUCUGUUGACACAUUUGUAUCGAAAAUGGAAGUUCUAUUACAGAAUCUCAGUCUGGGGUCAGGGAAGUAGUUUAGGGUCUCUGUAGGGGUAGGGUUGACACGACUGUUAUUUCUUUUUUACUGUGUAAUGAAGUAUGUGAACUAAAUCUGCCGGUUGUUUUCCUCUAAGGCUCUCUGGGACACGGGUCUUCUCUCUGUAGCAGCAACCUCAUGUAUGUGUUAUGGAACUGAUUUUUUGGUUUUGCCUGCUGUUUUUUAAUUGAAAACGUAUUUUAAACCAAGCUAUUAAAUUUUAUAUGUUCAUUUCUAA